AUGGAUGCUUUGGUUGCUAAGCAAGACUUACAGAUGCUUUCUAGUGAUAAAAGUUCUGUGACAACCGAUGAUGAAUUUUACAACGAAUUGCUACAAGCACCGUUAGAAUUUCAAGAUUGUCUUAUUCCUGAUCAAUGUUCAAAUGAAUUGAAAGCUCAUGAACAUUUAACGCAAUGUCUUCAUCGACGUUAUGGCUCUUAUCCAGCAGUUUACAUGGGUUCAUUGAAAGAUGCGGUAAAGGAAGCAUUCAGUCCGAAAGAAAUUACCGAGCGACGACCACUUAUGAUUUUCAUAAAUAACGAUAAAAGUGUAUAUGCGAAUAUAUUCUGUAAACAACUGCUGUGUAAUGAAAAAACCGUGGAAUAUUUGAUGAGUAAUUAUAUUCUUUGGGCAUGGGAUCUUACUCACGAGUCGAACGAGAAGAAGUUGAACGACAACUGCAAAAAUGCUUUUCUUUCAUGGUCGACUGAAAACCAAUUUCAGGCGAGUAAAAUUGACGAAUAUCCGUCACUAUUUGCAGUUUAUCGUGAAACUGAUGGCAAUUACGCAUUCCACUAUUUCGUCAAAGGUCCCAGUGAACAAGCAACUCUCGUUGACUUUUUACGUUCCUUAAGUGAUUUCAAAGAGAAAUUUACAAAUUGUGAACAAGAAUUACACAAAACGCGAGAAGAAGCCAAACAAAAGGAAAUAGCAUAUCUACUUCUAUCUCGGGAUAACCAUCAUAGAUUCCGCCAUGAUCAAGGUCAUGAUUUUCGACGUGCAUUCUCAAUGACACCUGAUGCAUAUAUGGAGGCCUAUUUAAACGUAAAAUAUCCUCGAUCAGCUCAACCAUUGAAUCACGAUGGUCAAAGGAUUUCGAAUCCACUUUUUGCUGGUCGUAACCCCAGUGCCGAAGAAAUAAUGCACGCAUUCGAGCAAUUCGAAAGGGAUUCGGAUGAUGCCGAUGAUGAAGACGAUGAUCGUACGCCGACAGUUUCACAUCCGAAACCGAAAUUCCCAUGA